AUGUCCCCAUCACCAGACACAGCAACAAUUAUCCCUGACAUGAUGUUCCUGUUACCCUCUCCUUGGGUUAAGGGCAAGGAAACUUGCUCUAUGGUUAUUUCUGUAGAACAGUUGGCCCUUAAUAUUAGGAUAUUCCAAGCUUUCUACAGUGAAGAGAGAUUCAUGUUUGUCGAUAAGUAUGCCCUAACUAGGCACACUCGUACCCACACGGGGGAAAAGCCCUUCGAGUGUUCCUACUGUGACAAAAGUUUCCCUGUGAAGUAUAAAUUGACAAGUCACAUGUUACGUCACACAGGUGAAGAGCCUUACAAAUAUUCAGUGAAAAUGACAGCUUAG